AUGGGUCCAGGAGCUCAAUCCAACGACGAGUUGCAGAAGAGAAAAUCAAAGCAAUCUGACGAACGAAGAAUGACGAGCUGGCUAAGAGGAAGGAACAAAACAAAAGUCGACUAUCCGAAAUGCUCUCACGUAGGUUUACAGAUCGCUGUUCUCAAAGAAUUAUGGAAACUUAAUCUUUCCAACGUCCCUAAUUGGCACGUUAGCGAUCUUGGUGAAAGGGGGCUUUCGAGUUUUCUCGAAUCAAUGUUCGGAACGGAACUGAUAGCUUCCAGCUCUUAUAUCUUCGAUGGGAGUAGGCUGGUUAGAGGGGCUUGGAUACCCACGAGUGAAGCAUCUCCUACCACCUUGUCGGUGAAGGUCGGCUGCCAUCCAAACACGAGGAUAGAGGUGUUAUGUGAGUUUGGACCGGGCUUGCCGCAAUCAGGGAUGACGAACUGGCAGAUAGGUAGAUGGGACGGGUAUUUGUAUUGGACAGAAAUGCAAAGACUCUUGAGAAAUCCAACUGUGUUCAAGGGGUCGUAA